GAUAAAGGUAACUUACAAGAAUAUCCUACAAGAGAUAUUGUGUUAUCUACGCUCUUUAAACAAGGACACUAGUCAGAUUAGUUGACAGUACAUGUGUGCAGGAAUAGUAUAAACAUUUUAUAGCACGAUACAAAGGAAUAUUAAAACAACAAUGUCUGGAAUACACGUGGAAAGUGGAGUGACGGACAAGAGUUAUCCUGAACUGUUUGACGAACGAGCUAUGCCAAAACAGAACAAAGAGAAGAAGCCAGGUCAACAACCAGAUCAUAAAAUAUGUGAAUAUUUUGAAAAGGGGUAUCUCGUUAUUCCUGAUUUCUUUACUAAGGAAGAGUUGGAUGAUUGUCGUAAAACUACGGAAGAACUUGUAGACAACCUUGCUAAAAAGUUGUUUGAAGCCGGUAAAAUUAAAGAUUUAUAUGAGAAAUGUGGUUUGUUCAAAAGACUUAUCAAGAUAGAGGAAGACUUUCCUGGUGCUAAUGUUAUAUUGCACAAAGUUCCUAACAUGCCAAUGGGAUAUAGAAAACUUUGGUCAAAUGAGCGUCUGUUGAACUUAGUUGAACAAAUCAUAGGACCUGAUAUUGCUGGAAAUCCUGUAUGGAAUCUUCGUACGAAAACACCUCAAAACGAGGCAACGACUGUACCAUGGCAUCAAGAUUGUGGAUAUUUGGACAACAACUCCUACAAGAUGAUAGUUCCCACUGCAUGGAUACCAUUACUAGAUGCUAAUGAGGGAAACGGUUGCCUCCAGUUUGCUGAGAAAGGUCAUAGGUCAGGUCAUGUAGCGUUACAUAAAUGUUGCUGGGGAGGCACAUGGUAUGUAGAACUCGACGAAGAGGAAAUGAAAUCUAAAUUGGGCGUCAAUCUGGACAAUGAUAUCAAAACGUGUCCAAUUCAAUAUGGCGGCCUAGUGUUAUUUCAAAACCUUACACCACACCGAAGUUUACCAAACAUGUCCAAUGACGUGCGCUGGAGUCUUGACCUACGCUGGCAGCGUCCGAGUGAUCCAGAUGGUCUCUGGGGCUUAAAGAAGCCCGUUUUGAUGAGGACAAAAGAAGAUCCGAACAUGGAAAUAGAUUGGACGGAAUUUGAUUCUGUUGACCGGCACUCGAAACAGAAGGAAUCAGUUGCCGAUAAUCCAGCACCAGCAGAAGAUCCCGAGUUUGACACGACAUUACCCGGUCCUUGGAUGAAGAAAUGGGAAAUUGUUCACAUGAAUAAACACACUGAACGACAUAGAAAAGAUGAGGAAAGAACAAGUGCCUAAAUGAUACUGUUAUAUGAUCUCUCUGAUUUAAUUAACAUUGUAUUAAAUUACUGACAAACUAUUUUCAUAUUGUAUUCAUGGUUUAAAGAAAUGUGUUAAGUUUGACAAAUGGCA